UCAGCUCCUCUGUCUUUCCACAGUAGAGGGGAGUUGUUCCACUGGCCUGGAUGAGUCUGAGAUCUCCCUCCACUCUCCCUCUCUUUCUUUUUCUCUGGAUGAUGUCAUUCUGUUGGAGUAAAGCGAUGGGGCUGGAUCAUCUGAGCGAGCAGAGGAGUGGAGGAGCCGCGUCCUCACCCGAAACCAGAGCGCAGACUUUGUUUUUAUUCCAAAGACUCUCUGCUCGCUUUUAGGCGGCGCGUUGUUAUUUCACUGGAAGUGAUUUUUGCAUGGCUCUUUAUUUGGCUGUGGAGAAACUGCUGAGAUACUGGACCCAGUCAGUCUGAACUGCUAUCGGCUGGUGCAAAGCGUGGAGACAAAUGGAUUGGCGAGAUUAGGAUCAGUGUGAGGGCUUUUCAGCGAUGCCUCCGCAGGGUGUUGGGGAGUACAAACCCGUCCCAGAAACUGCAGUCCCACCGGUUCCGCCCAGAAGGUUCCGCAGUAAGGAUCUGUCCAAAAAGGCUCGUCUGAGCUCGGCGGCGGAGCGCAAGGUGAAAUGCGUGCUGGUGGGGGACGGUGCUGUUGGUAAAACUAGUCUAAUAGUGAGUUACACUACCAAUGGAUAUCCCACGGAGUACGUCCCAACGGCUUUUGAUAACUUUUCAGCGGUGGUGGCUGUGGAUGGCAAGCCUGUGAAACUCCAGCUGUGUGACACUGCAGGCCAGGACGAGUUUGACAAGCUGCGGCCUCUGUGCUACACCAAUGCAGAUGUCUUCCUGCUGUGUUUCAGCGUUGUCACACCCUCCUCCUUUCAGAACGUGCAGGAGAAGUGGAUCCCUGAGAUCCGCCGGCACUGUCCUCGAGCUCCCAUCCUGCUGGUGGGCACUCAGGCGGACCUCCGGCAAGAUGUCAACGUGCUCAUCCAGCUGGACAAGUACAAAGAACGGCCGGUGGAGCCACAGGAGGCCAGCAUGUGUGCCGAGGAGGUGCGGGCUGUGUCCUACAUGGAGUGCUCGGCGCUUACCCAGAAGAACCUGAAGGAGGUGUUUGAUGCGGCCAUAUUGGCCAGCAUCCAGCACAUGGACAGCCAGCAGCAGCAGAGACUGACCAAACGUACACCUGAUAAGAUGAGGAAACUCUCCAAAUCCUGGUGGAGGAAAUACUGCUGUCUGGCAUAGAGGAAGGUCUGAGCGUGUACUUUUGAAGACUUCUGAGUAGUCAGACUCGAGCUACCUUUUGGUUGGGGAGGGAGAAAGUGACUGCAUCCAGAAGGUCAUGGAAAUUAGUGAAACAAAGCACAGGAGAAAGGAACAAGUAAAAUGGAAAUAUUCACUGCAUAUUAACUUGACUGAUCCAUCAUUUACAGUGGAAAAUGGAAAGACAUCCGUAUUGAGUUAAAUUGCGUAUGUAUUCUUUGCCUCUUAACAUCUGACCAGGGACGGCAGAUGAAAAUGAGCCUUUUUGGCUAACAUUUACAGUUCUGUCGAUACUGUCUAUAAGUGAGCACUGUCCCUGAAAAAUGAAUUAGUCUUUCAUCAGAGCAGCCAUGUUCUAAUUGAUGAUCCAUCCAUUCCUUUUAUAUUCUCUUUGAUUCAAAAAGCUGCAGAGUGGAGUCACAUGCAAUAAUACGUCUCCUUAUUUUUUCAGUGUUGAAUUAGCUGUUAAAGUCUUAACAAGAGUCCGGUUGUACACUGAAUGAGUUAAUUCAGCAUUGGGCUUUUCACUGUGCAGGGGUACCUCUCUAACACUAAUGCAGUAAGACGUCCCUGAAGUUUUCCUCUUUCGUCCAGACUACCCAGCCUACACUGUGAAAUUGCAAAAACUUCUUGGGCAGUCCAAGCAGCAGUGCAUUAAUUUGCCAUUGUAUAUUUAUACUCUUUCCUUCACCGUAAAUGCGUUGCUAAAUCCUAAUUAAAUGAACUGGACGACUGGCUAAGGCUAUCUUGGUUUCCUAUGGGCAAGUGUCCAAGCCUAAAGAGUAACUGAAGUGUUAAAUCACUGUCUAUCAAAAAAAAGCAUUCAGUGAGUUUUGGAGUACAAGCAGAUAUUCUGGUGCUGUUUGACAUCUCUGUUUACUGUCAUUGAUCCGUGCAGUUAAUGGACAGCCCUUUUCAAAAACAGCUGAACAACAGCAUCCCAGCAGUUUGGCCUCUCUUGUUUGUUUAUUUUAUUGAGUUAAUCCAAGGCUUCCAUUCAAAACAUACCGUGAGGUCAUGGUCACUCAGGCUGAGUGAGUAUUUGCCAGACCAGCUGAAAUGAACCUGAGAUGAGGGGUCAUUAUUAAACGUCAUCUUGCCAGCUGUGAAGUGAACUGUUUGGUUCUUCAGUGCUUGAGUUAGAAAGAGGGUGUUUGAUUUGAUUUGUACUGCUUAUCUGUUAUGGUAAAUGGUGGAAUAUGGGCCAGAAACAUUUAAAGCCGCCUGAAGAAUGUAAAAUGACAUUUUCCCUAUGAAAUUAGAGAUUAUUGACCAUCAUAGCGCCUUACCUGAGUUAAAUUGAGUUUUCUUAAGUUUCAGAAAGCCUUAAUAAUGCUGUUACAAAUGCAAUGUGACACUUGCAAAUAUCAGUAUAGAUGUGUGAGGUGUGUUUUAUUUAGAGUCAAUAUAUUUUUAAAGACAUAUAAACUGACCAGUGUUACCUUAUUCAAAUUCAAUAUAUCAAAAGUAUAAGGCUACCAUGAGAAAACGGGAUAUUAAACUGGUUGUUUCUGGAUGUAUAAUAGCCUGAACAUAUAUAACAUGUGAAAAAUGUCAUGUUUAACAUGGUUCAACAUGGUUUAUGUAUGUCUCAGGUAAAGCAGUAUCAUACAGGUUCAUAAAGAGUUGUUUUAUAAUCUCUGGAUGAAAAGACCCAGGGCAAUAUUUUUCCUUGUCUUUGGGCGGUUUUAAAACAAAAUAUUACUUUUAGACCAACUUUGUACUAUGAAAUAACAGUCAUUCUCCAGUAACAUUGACUAUAAUGACCAACAAUAAUAAUAAGAAUAGUUGUGCCAUUGUGUAUUACCAGUUACUCCAUAUUAUUGCUCAUCUCUGAUUAUGGUAUAUUGCUAGUGCAUUUGAAUUUCACAUGCAUGGAAAUGUCAGAAGGCAUAGUUAUGAUUGUGAAUUCACAAUGAAUACAACGUUUCUGAAGUACUAUCUUUAUUUAUAGACGACCUCAUAAACUGUACACAUUUGGAGGACAUUAUUCUGGUGUAAAUAAUUUAUCAGGUCACCCACAUCAGAUGAACUGGACAAGAAACCUGCUGAAAUGGGACAUGUGAGCAAGUGAAAAAAAGAGAGAGAUUAAUGUUUCACCAGAUGAGCAGUGGUAGACACUGGAGUAUCAAUAAGGCCCCCAUUGUCAAACGUGCUUGUACAGCAGUGAACUGAAACUGAUGUCUGUAAAGAAACUCAUGUAUCUUCACCCUGAAACAGAAAUAGGGCCUCGUGUCUACCAUUAGAGUGUACCUGAAUGUGGGGAAAUGUUAUGAAGAGAAUGAGAUGGAGUCGAAAUGAUUGGCUUUCUGGAAGUGAAUACUGUAAACCGUAAGUGUGAAUUGAAGGCUCGAAGAAUGGUUCUAAAUUCUGAGCAGAGUUUAAAACACACAUGCACACAACUGGAAGGGAAGGUGGUGUUGAAGGACUCUGAAUGCAUCUCUGAACAUUAAAGAUGGUACAUUGCUGUCAAUACAUCAACAUGUAAUUGUUAAGUUACUGUAUGAAUUCUUAUAUGUCUUUGCUGGUGACAUAAACUCUAAGACACGGGUGUGCCAAAAAGGGUUCUUUGGAGCAACGGCAUGGAAGAGCCACUUUUGGUUUCCUGAAGAAUCAAAUCCACACUGAAUGGUUCGUUUUAAAUUAUCUUAAGGCUGAAUCAAACCUGUAAAGAAAGGUUUUGUUUCUCUGUUCUAAAGAUGCCGUGUACAGAGCAGUGCUGCAACACUGUGAGCUGUCCUGUUUGCUGUGGGGACGAGUGUGCAGCAGCUGUAUGAUUUUCAAUAGACAAAGAUAUUCAGGGGAGGAGCAAGAUGAGGUAAUAACAGAAUAUGUCAAAUGCUGUACUUUUGAAAAUAAAAAUGCAGUUUGUGUACAUGCAGUCUACUUGUAUUCUCACUGUAAAAAAUUGCUAUAAAUUUACAGGCAUGAUCUUCCAGUUAUCUACUAUAUUCCUUAAAUACAGAGGAUUGCUGUAAAGAAUGUGCAUUCUAUUUAGUUACUGAGGCUUCUUUAUCUUUUUCUGGUAAAUAUGUUUUCUCCUUUUUCUGAUGCUGCAAAACGAAUAACUCACAAUUAACAGCAAUUUUGACUGGAAUUUAAAUAAAUGAAGGGUACUUUUGCACAGGGCUGUUAUUACAGCAUCAACACAGUGCUGUACAGAGAUGUAGUUUAUUUUGCAUGGUUCAUCGUCCUCAGUAAGGAGGUGCUGAAGCAUCUAGCCCUUAGCUCCUGUUAUAAAUGUGUUUUGUGGCUGUUGUCCUUGGCAGAAUAAGCACCUGCAUUAAAGUGAUCUGUUAAGGCA